AUGUCUCAAACCCCUUUUCCUACGUUCGUCGAAUUCAUCUUCAAUCUGAAGGAGGCCACACCACCCGAGGAUUGGUCGUGCUUCUGCCUAGAGGAAGCCCGAGCUGUCGAGGGCAGCAAGUCUCUCGAGGUCACGGAGAUUCCGGUGCAGCUAUCAUGUGGCCACGUCUUUCAUUUGGCUUGUCUAUAUACAUGGACCAAUGGCAAGAAGGUGAACGAGGAUUUGGAGUCUCACAACACCUGCCCGAUGUGCCGAACGAAGCUCUUCCAGGGGUACUCUAACGACGAUCGGCAGGUUUACAUGUGCAAUGCGCAAAUCUCCGAGUUCUACGCUUCGUUUUUCGAACGUGAUUGGAAGAACCGGACUGCGUCUGCAUGGUUGACCGGCUCGCUGCAGGAGAUGAUCGAUGGAGCUGGAGGUAGAUGUACGAUGCAAGACUGGAAGCCUCUGGUUAGCUACCUAGUCCAUGCUAACACGGGUAAGGAUGGGCGCUUCGUUGGCAAUAAUUCGAUUUGUGACGGCGAAGUGGUGCCUUUCAUGUGCGAUGAACACCAACAACAUGGAAACUUAUGGCUCAAGAUUUUCCUGGCUAUGCGUCUCUUCCGGGAGGGCGUUACCAACAGCUGGUCUCGUACGUACCAGUGGGUCGAGUUCGAGACAUAUUUCCUUCGAAUCGGUAAUCAGUAUCGAGUGAGGCAGGCUCUUCUCCAGCAGCCAGCGGCCGAUAGAGUAGCUGGGGCGAUUGCGCGGAUUGUUCGGUACGACCUCACCGAAUAG